AUGAGUAGCAAAACUACCAUUACAGCGUCAUCUGAGUCGGGGACCGUGGUCCAUGCACCCACCAACGCGCGUCUGAACUUCAAGGAAGUUCCCGGUUCGCUUGCCGGAGCGUGGUUAGCCGGCGAAAAUAACGUCAAUCAGUGGCUGAUGUUUGACCUUGGCCAAAGGUCAACAGUCGGCGUCAUCAGGACCCAGGGACGACAGUCACCUACAGCUAACGACUGGGUGACGUCAUACAGCGUGUCGUACGGAAACUCCAGCGGAGACGACAUGUGGUAUAAAGAUGCGAACGGAGACACGAUCGUGUUUACAGGUAACAGUGACAGAGACAGCCUGGUGACGCACGUGUUGACAGACUACAGCGGACCUGUCCACGCCCGUUACGUCAAGUUUCACCCCGUCACGUGGUACGGCUGGAUCGGUAUGAGAGCAGACAUCGGGGAAGUUGCUCCAGUUGGCUUCUGGCCGCUAAACAGGCAUACUCAGCUGCGUGACGUCAGCGGAUACGGAAAUGACGCAACCGGUGUGGGCGUGUCUCUUGGGAACGGUGUACACGGUGAGAGCGAAGGGGCGUACAACUUGUCCGGUAGCAGCACCUCCUACAUCGAGAUCCCCAACAACGGGGCACUGGAUACCCGGUACUCGAUAACAAUCCUGGCCUACGUGUACCCCACAGGGACAGAUGGGCCCAUCGUUAACUACAGAAUCAACGACAACAGUUUUAACCUCUGGCACUUCAACGGGAAUGAAUUGUAUAUAGGCAUGUGGACCCGUGACCACGCCUCCUCGGUUCAGUUGAGUGCGGCCACACUGAACCAAAACGAGUGGAACUUCGUCGGCGUGACCUACAGCUAUCCUUUGGGUAGGGUCAAAUUGUGGCAUGACGGGAUAGAAGUAGGAAGUCUUGCCGUCGGCACGUUCGAGACAGGGACGCACUACGACAUCCGCAUGGGGUUCAGGGACGGGGCUGAUCCCCGGGCUUUCCAAGGACGCAUCGCCUGUCUGCAGAUAUAUAACAUCCCUUUAAACGGCGAUCAGAUAAGGCAAGCAGCAGCAAAGUGUAGAGUGACACAGCCGGUCGGUUUAUGGCGUCUUACCAAGCAGUACGGUCUGACGGACACCAGCGGAAACGGAAAUGACGCCACCGGUGAAGCCGUGGCUCUUGGGAGUGGUGUGUUCGGUGAACACGAAGGUUCCUACGUCUUCUCCGGCAGCAGUACCUCCUACAUUGAGAUCCCAAACGACAGGACACUGGACACUCGUUACUCUCUCACCAUCCUGGCCUCCGUGUACCCGACUGGGCAGUCUGGACCAUUACUACAUUACGGAGACAGCGCGAGCGGCGUCCACAUGUGGCAAGACUCCACGUACUUCUUACAAACCAGGCUUUUUAGCAGAAAUGCAAGCACCAAUCAGACCACACGAGCGCAGUGCCUCAAAACUAACCAGUGGAACUUCGUUGGCAUAACUUACAACUACAACUCAGGCAUCCUGAAGAUUUGGUACGAAGGUCUGCAGAUCAUCAGUACCGACAUCGGCGUGUACCAGCUCGGGACCAACCACGCUGUCCGCAUCGGUGCCGUGGGGGCCGAUUCCUACAGUGGAAGCGUUUGCUGUGUACAGAUUUAUGACGUUGCCUUGAACGAGAGCGAGAUAGAACACGCUGCGACACGUUGUAAAGUGGCACAGCCGGUCGGUCUGUGGCGUCUCACCAAGCAGUACGGUCUGACGGACACCAGCGGAAACGGAAAUGACGCCACCGGUGAGAACGUUACCCUUGGUAAUGGUGCAUAUGGUGAACUCGAGGGCUCUUACGUCUUCUCCGGCAGCAGUACCUCCUACAUAGAGAUCCCAAACGACAGGACACUGGACACUCGCUACUCUCUCACCAUCCUGGCCUCCGUGUACCCGACUGGGCAGUCUGGACCAUUACUACAGUACGGAGACAGCACAAGCGGCGUCCACAUGUGGCAAGACUCCACGUACUUCUUAAACGCCAGGCUUUUUAGCAGAAAUGCAGUCAGAAACCAGACCACACGAGCGCGGUGCCUCAAACCGAACCAGUGGAACUCCGUUGGCUUGACGUACGACUAUAACUCAGGCAUCCUGAAGCUUUGGUACGAAGGUUUGGAGAUCAGUAGUGCCGACAUCCGCGUGUACCAGCUCGGGACCAACCACGCUGUCCGCAUCGGUGCCGUGGGGGCCGAGUCCUUCAAUGGAAGCGCCUCCUGUGUAAAGAUUUAUGACGUUGCCUUGACGCAGAGUCAGAUAGAACACGCUGCAACACUGUGUACAGAUAACAGCAUCGCUUUGGGAAAGCCGACGACACAGAGUAGUGAUUAUGAUGACUCGUCGUUCGCAUCUAGAGCCGUGGAUGGAUACACAGGACCGAUUAACCAGUGCACGCAUACACAGCUCGACUUUGAGCCGUGGUGGAAGUUGGAUUUGGGCGGAAGUUACGUCAUCGGAAGAGUACGUCUGCUGAACAGGAGGAACGAAUAUGGAGAGCGCCUUGAAGAGUUCCAAGUUCGAGUUGGAGAGGAUUCGGAUAUAUCAAAGAACUCCAUCUGCGGGAGAACGACCAAUCAGCUUGACGAUCCACCCGAGGAUCGGAGCAUCAUCGUCGACUGCGCUCAGCCAAUCACCGGCCGUUACGUGUCAGUACAGCUGAUCAACCGGACAGACUACCUCACGCUGUGUGAAGUAGACGUGUUCGUCGCUCAAGUUAUGAAUUAG